CAACAGUUCGAAAGGGAUUCGAGAAGAGACGCCCACAGGACAGCCAAUCUGGACUUUGACGCCCGCGUCCCCAUCCCCUUCAGUGUCUUCCCGUCGUCGUACCGGAGUGACGCUGUUCCUGGACCUACUCUUGCCACUGCUCGAGUAGAGGAAGAAGUCAAUCUCGAUCGCACUUCGCACGUCGAACGGGAAGAUACUCGAACCUCUGCUCCUCUCCCUGACCCACGUGUCUACGGAAAGGAAGAAGUCGACCUUCGCUUCGAGCAGGAUCGUUAUAGUGCCGCCGCUGGCCGUGCGCCCACCUCCCGGUAUCCCGAAGUUGAUCUAGCGCGUGAACGCUUCCGUGAACCCAAGGUCCGCUUUCAAGACCGUCAGCCCACCUACGAUCAAGCUCUCCAGAACCAGCUUGAUCUUACUGAGCGCGAGUAUCGUCGUCGGGUCAACCCUACCUACGACGUCACUUCCUCGUACGACCGCCGCUCCCAGGCUCCUGUAGACUCUUACGCCGGCGCUCGCCAGCAGUCCCGGGACGUCUCGUACGACCGCACUCUUCAGACCGAGCUCGACGUCUCGUACGACCGUGCUUACCAGGCUAAGCCCGUCGACUCGUACCGUCGUGACCCCUACCAGAACCGUCAACAGAGCGUUGAGCCGGUUCCCCCGCCUCCCAGCAACGAGACCUCUGUCAAGGUCCUGAAGACCAAGACUGUGAUUGAUUCCCCUCCUUCUCGCAAGAUGGGCUAUUACGACGACGACGGUAACUAUCACUCCUUCCGUCGUGGUGUGGAGCGCGCUGCCGACCGCAUCAUGCACCCUUUCCACCACAAUCAUGGUCAGCAGAACCGCCAGGAACUUGUCGUCGCUGACGAAGGCGGUCCAGUUCGUUUCCGUGAAGGCGUCCGUGAGGAUGUCCGCAUCGUUGAACCCCGUGCCGGUGGCAACUCAUCCACCACGGAGAGUGUGCCGAUCCCCUGCCACUUCAUCCGCAUCGGCGACAUCCUGAUCCUGCAGGGUCGUCCCUGCCAGGUGAUUCGCAUCUCCGUCUCCCCCCAGACCGGCCAGCACCGCUACCUCGGUGUCGACCUCUUCACCCGGGAGCUGCAGGAGGAGUCCAGCUUUGUCUCCAACCCCUCUCCCUCCGUCGUGGUCCAGACCAUGCUCGGCCCCGUCUACAAGACCUACCGCAUCCUGGACCUCCGUGAUGACGGUAGCUUGGUCGCCAUGACCGAGACCGGUGACGUCAAGCAGGGUCUGCCCGUCGUGACCCAGGGCCACCUGUUCCGCCGCAUCCGCGAGGCCUUCGAGGAUGGACGGGGCAGCGUGCGCGCUCUGGUCAUCAACGAUGGCGGUCGCGAGCUGGUCGUUGACUACAAGGUGGUCCACGCUUCCCGCCUGUAA